AUGCUGACCAGCGGCGUGGUAGUGGCCAAAUUCUAUUUGUCAAUAAUUGAUGAUGUCAUUGAGAAUACAAGGGAGCUGUUCUUGGAUGAGGGCCUUGAAGACUGCAUCCUGGAUGAUUUACGGAAUCUUUGGGAGACAAAAGUGAUGGCGUCAAAAGCUAUGGACGACUUCAGGAUGAACAAUGACGACUCUCCCAACUUUGUGCUGCAGCUUCCAGCGAACUAUAGCAGCACUGAAACGGAACUCCCAGCUUCGAUAGAAAGCCCCGGAAGAGAAUAUUCACAGAAUAUUCACAAUUUUCCUGUUAAGAACAAUUCUGAGACCGUUACUACAUUCUCACUUCCUGCUGGCCUAUCUUACCCUGUGCAGAUACCCGCUGGAGUCACUCUACAAACGGCUUCUGGUCAACUUUACAAGGUCAACGUUCCUGUUGUAGUCACUCAGGCCCCAGCAGGUCAGCAAACAUUAUCCCAACCGGCACAGAAGGCAACUGAGCAAAGAGAACCUCCUGAUCCUCUGCUGGUUUCAGUCCAACCCAAUGAAACACUACCUCAAGAGGUUUUGCCACCAAAUGAUGUUAUUUUACAUUCUCAGCAAGACCCUACACCAAAGUCCCCACAAACUGAGACCGGCAGCGAAGAGGCUUUGACGGAAACCCCUCAAUUUAAGAGCAGCGAUAUCGACGACAUCCUUAAAGAGGUCAUUGCAGAGGAGCGAGAAAAAGCAGCAAGGGCAAGAAACUUGGCUCAUAACAAAUCUUACGACCGGCCUGAAGCCAUACUUGGGUUGGAACUGGACUACAACUACAAUGAACUGUCAGAUAUCAUCCAGCUGGAUGGUACGGUGGACAGUUCAGAUCUGGAAGAGGAAGACGUCAUGCCACUACAGGAGAAUGACUUCCUAGGUAUGAUCAACGCAGAGGCUCUUAGGGCAUUGCAGGAAGAAGGGGUGAGCAGUGAUGGAAAUAGCACUUCCUCCACUAGUGACAGCGACGGAGUUGAUGAACUUAAAAAUAUAGAUGAUGAGGAUCCGUUAAAUUCAGGUGAUGAUGUAUUUGAACAAGAUGUCACAGACCUGUUCGAUUCAGAGACUGUCAUAGUUUGCCAAUAUGACAAAAUUCACCGCAGUAAGAAUCGCUGGAAGUUCCACUUGAAAGAUGGAGUCAUGUGUUAUGGUGGAAGGGAUUAUGUGUUCUCUAAAGCUGUUGGGGAAGUAGAAUGGUAA